CACUGCGUGUACUCUCCGGGUGCUUUAGUGUGUGUGAGAGAAAGCAAGAAUACCAAAGGCUGAACACUGAUUAUGCAUUCUGUCACGCCCGCUCAGAAGAUUUGAAUUUAUCAUCUGGAGAUUUGUGUGGGUGGAAGAAGGCAUUAUAGUGUGGUUCAAACGAAGCCCAGAAGGCAGAAAACUUCUAUAUCCCAUUGCAGUAUGAGAAGAAAUUUGGUUUGGUUGCUUUUGAGCUUCAUUUUUGUGGAAUGCUGGUUAGUUGGGGCUAUUGGGGCCAUGGUCCAAGAGAAAGCAGAUGCAGCCACUCCCUUUACAACACCAUCACCUCCAGAAGGCAACACAACCUUCCUGGAUGGGACAGCUUGGUGCGUAGCUCUUGCUGGGGUGCCUCAAAUGGAUUUACAGAAUGCUUUGGACUGGGCAUGUGGGCCGGGUAAGGCUGAUUGUAGCCCAAUUCAAACUGGUGGCCGAUGCUUUGACCCCGAUACACUUGUGGCCCAUGCAUCUUUCGCUUUCAACAGCUACUACCAACAAAAUGGGAAUUCUGAUAUUGCUUGCAAUUUUGGAGGAACAGCCACCUUAACCAAAAGUAACCCAAGUGAUGAGGAAUGCAGCUAUGACACAUCUGGGUCCAUAAAAUCCUCAGCCCCACAGUUAUCAAACCAUAAACCGCAAAUUACUUGGUGGAAACUUGCCAUGAUAGUUCUUCUGUUGUAUGCAAGAAAUUAAUCAAUGGUAGACUGAUUUUCAUCUGCCCAAAAGCCUAAAUGCUACAAAGGGCAGAAAAAUGGUCCAAUAUAGUUCUUUGUUGGUGGAUUGGUGGGCAUCAGACUUUCAGUUUCAGAGGGAUCUUUUCAAAUGUGUAUAGGUUUCAGUUUCUUGAAUUUCUUUGGAAAGUGACUAUUCUGGUUUCCUUCUUGUUGUUGGUUUAGAAUCCAAUAUC